GCAUGCGCAUCGGUUAAUAAGACGACGCCAUUUUAUCAAGGAAAGCAAGAUGCCAGCAGCAGAGGCAGAUAGACCUGGGAAAGUAUUUGUAGGCGGGUUAGCAAGUGACAUAGACGAGGCUGUGUUAGAGAAGUACUUCAGUCAUUAUGGAAGACUUACAGAAGUCAUAGUCAAGAGAGACAAAAACACACAUCAAACUAGAGGAUAUGCCUUUAUCACUUUUGAAAACCCAUAUGAUGCUGAUGAUGCCAUCAAAGAAAUGGACAAAAAGGAAAUUCAUGGUAGACAGAUCUAUGUAGAGCAAGCUGUAAAACCAAGACACGAAAUACAAAACCAGCGACCACCACCGAGAGGUGGUAGCUUUCGGGGUGCACCACGAGGAAGUCGAGGGGGUGGUGGAUCAGGGCGUGGUGGAGGAAGUCGAGGUGGACCACGAGGGAGAGGAGGAGAUGGAAACAUGGAAAUGAGGAGUAGGUCCCCCAUUCGACAGAGGUCAGAUCGUGGGAGGUCAGACAGAGAUUUCAGUAGGCAAGAGAGAGGGGCCCCACCCCCUAGGAGGGAUGGGUAUGAUGGUCCACCAAGGAGAGAUUUGAUCAAUGAAUUUGAGCACACACAAAAGUUAGAUGAAGAAAAACCCUGGAUUACUCCAGAUCUAGUGUUACUAGUUAGACAGAAGGAUGAAAUGCAAGAAUGGGCAAAUAAAUGCCCAAGUCUAAUGGCUGAGUUCAGAAAAUUUCGUAAUCAUGUAAGAAUGAAAAUUAGAAAAGCAAAAGUAGAGUAUGAAGAUCCAACAGGUGAGAAAAGGGAUGAAGAGUUCAAACAGAGAAUGCUUAAAAAGGGUUUGACACCUGAGGAAAUAGAGAAAAGGAAAAAUGAUUUAAAUAGGCCAGAAACACAUCAUGGUGGGAAAAAAUAUGAGCCCCCAAUUAUGUACCCAGGAAAUUUAGCAACUGCAACUACAACAUUGCAAGUUGGUGGUCCUACGGAGACCUUGUCUGUCACUCAUGACCCAGAGGCAAAACAACAAAAGGCCAAAUUUGUAAAUCUGAUGUCAAAACAGAGCAAAACUGUUUAUGAAUCCUAUCAAAAGAAAAAUAUUUCCAAAGGAAACUGGUCGGAAAAACAGGCAAACCCAAAUCAAAAUGUCAAUCAGGGUUGGUAUAGUCAAAGUGCUCCUUCAACCUCCCAAUAUUCAAGUACAAAUGUCCAGCAGCCUGUCGAAUACACACAGACACAACAAGCAUAUUCACAGGUUAAUACUUCAUAUAACUGGCAGAGUUAUACAAAUCAGCAACAACAGUGGGGUUCUGCGACAGGGCCACAAGAAUACACUUGGUCUUCAAACUACAGCUACACAACUAGUGACCAUAAUCCUAAACCAAAUCAGAAUGCAACAACAGAGGAAACUCCACAAAAUCCCUGGCAACAAGCCAUGGCAGAUUAUUGGCAGAAAGCAUCAGAGACAUCUAGUUUUGGACCACCUGUAGAAACAGGUGGUUUUACUCAGACUUCUGUAAGCCAAACUAUGCCAUACACAAACCAGCAAUUUGCAAGUCAGACUCAGUCAUCAGCAUAUCAGAACCUUAACACUGUAAGCUAUGCUCAAACUCAGAGCGUUAACACUGUAGCUCAUACUCAAACUCAGAGCUUUAACACUGUAACCCCUACUCAAACUCAAAAUCCUCAAUUGUCAAGUUCAAAUUCAAUUGCGGACCGUCUUAAUCAAAUGGCAUAUGGAGCUCAACCUGUGGCAAACCCAGAAGUCCAGGGACCGGUAAAUGAUAAUGUUAACUUGAAAGACACUGCAAAAAAACCACCAAAUUCAAAUUCUGGAAAAUCAAACCAAGUAUCCAGUGUUAAGCAGUUCAAGCCACCAGUACAAUAUUUCAAAGGAGUUGCAAAGAAUAAAAACAAAAUUCAAAUUCACAUAAAUCAGAAAUUUGCAUUAGGAGGAGAAUCCCAAGCAAAAAAAGAUAGUAAUACUGGAACAGAAAAGGAAGAAGUUGAAACUAAUGUGUCUGAAUCAUCAGUGAAAGAAAACCCUUGGCUGCAGUCAAUUGAGGAAUUUUGGAAGAACCCACCUAAAAUUCUAGAUUCUGAAACAUCUAAGCAAUCAUCAAGUGCUACUCAGUCAAGUUCAACAAAGAGCCAUACUCAAACUCAUCUGAAUGAAAAUCAGGCCAAAAGUAAUGCACAGAGUGGAGCAAAUCAGGCCAAAAAUGAGGCUCAAACACAAGAAAUAAAUACAAAAAAUGAACAGAAACCAGAAUCAAAAUCAGAGAACAAUCCAUUACCUGAAACUGAAUUAAAGCCAGUUAAUGAGAAUCUGUUAGAAUCACAGAAGGAAGCCCUUCAGAAAGUUAUCAGUAAUAAACCUCUGAAAGAUAAAAAUUGGUCAGAAGGCCAAGAAACUGUUGACAUUGAGGAACUGGACUUCAGUACUGAUAACCCUCAUUAUUUUCCUCAUCCAGCUACUGUAUCCCCAUACGAAGAUUUUACAGAUAAUAAUAGUGGUGGGAAUACUGUUAAUGUUUACCCUUAUGGCCAAGGUGGAAAUGAAGAUUUUGGGGGUGAUCGUUAUGGUGGGAUGGACAGAGGUAUGGACCGUGGUCCACCCCAAAGAUCAAGGGAUCCACCAAUGUCUCGUGGUAGAGAUAAUUAUUCACCAGCCCCUAGAGACUUCAGCAGAGGUUCUGGCCCCGACAGGAUGACUAGGGGCUCAGGAAGAGAUUUUCAACAGUCGUCACGCUAUGACCCUCCACAGAGAGACUAUUCCCCUCCCCCUCGUGAAUAUCAGUCUUCACGGGACAUUGCAUAUGAAAGGGGGCCAACAUCAAGAGACAGACUGCCAUCCAGAGAUUAUGGUUCUCCUCAAAAUACUAGAGAUUAUGGAGGUGGAAUGUCUCGAGGUGGCACCUCAAUGUAUGGAGGAUCACGUGACACAGGGAUAGGAGGCAGAGAUGUUUACAGUGGGGGAAGGGACAGAGAUCAGUCUAGAGAUUACGUCAAUUCAAGAGAUUUUAGCAGCCGUGGUGGAAGUUCAAGAAUGGGCCCCUCUAGAGGAGGACCUUCCCGAGGAGGAGGAGACUUUGAUCGAGGACAGCCACACGAAGAUUCCUUCAGAGAUUCUGGAAGAGGUGGUCCCCCAAGUCGAGGCCCUGCCAGUAGAAGCUUCAGUAGUAUGAGCUCACAAAGAGACGGUGGACGUCCCUCUCAAGGAAUGUAUGAAUCGCCAAACCGAGGCCCACCUCAAAGAGGUGCACCCUCAAGAGGACACCCUCAGCGAGACGACAGAGACAGGGGAGGUUAUCCUGGGGGUCAGCGUAGACCUUCAAAUAUGGACUCUAGAGGAGGUCCACCUAUGAAACGCUCUAGACCUAGUGGACCAUCUUCUCGUGGGGGAAUGCGGAGAUGAAUACUAAAAUCUACUGAAGAGUCAUUUUAAGAGAAUAUUUCAAUUUUUCAUUUUUUAAAAGUUUUAUUUCAAAGUUUUGAAUAUAAGUGUUUGGAAAAAUAUUAACAUUUUUUUUUUUUACAUACUUUCAUUCAUGAACUUAUUAUUGUACAUAUAGCAUUUGAAAUUUGAUCGACAUUUGAUCAUUUUUCUCAUUUAUUAAGCUGCAAAUUAUGUUAU